UCCUCCCUGCGGUGCAGACAAGAAAAAGAGAACGCCAAUGAAAACAUCCGUCCUCUCUCCUGUUCCCUCUAUGAUACCUUCUUAAAGCCACCUCGUCAUCCUCCUCCACGAGCGGGCAGGGGCAGACUUGCCGUUCCUUCUUCCUCUCUCCUUUGGAUCGUACCAAGCUGGAGCCGAGCCGGGGGGGAGGCGGGGGAGGGAAGAUGGCGCAGGCCUUGUCCGAAGAGGAGUUCGAGCGCAUGCAGGCCCAGUUAUUAGAACUUCGAACACAGAAUUACCAACUCUCUGAUGAACUCCGCAAAAACUCAGCUGAAUUAAAUGGGCUUCGACAACGGGUGACCUAUUUAGACAAGGAAUUUGCUAAGGCUCAGAAGGCUCUGAAUAAGAGUAAAAAGGCUCAGGAGGUGGAUGCACUGCUUAGCGAAAAUGAAAUGCUUCAGGGAAAACUACAUAGCCAAGAGGAUGACUUCAGGCUGCAAAAUAGUACUCUCAUGCAGGAGCUCUCCAAGCUGUGCUCCCAGAUUGAGCAGUUGGAGAAGGAGAAUCAGAGUCUUCGGGAAGGGAAGACAGCAGUAGCCAGCGAAGAGGCAUUCCCAGCCAGCUCUGUGGAUGGAGAGUUGUUAAGGCUGCAGGCAGAGAACUCUGCCCUGCAGAAGAACAUGGCAGCUUUACAGGAGCGCUAUGAGAAGGAAGUGGCCCGGCAGGCAGAAAACCGAGGUGGUGGAAAAGGUGAUGCUUCUCUGGAUCCUUGUCCCACUGUGCCAGAGGCUUCAGAGCAGCAGGCAUUUGACAGCAACAGCAGUGCCACCUCCCAGCAGCUUCUGUCAGAGGUUGAACUGAAACUGCAGACGGAGAGGGAGGAGAAAAUACUUCUGAAGGAGCAGCUGCAGAGCCUUGAGGCAUCCAAGACGACAGAGACAUCCCGCCUGCAACAAGAACUCACCAAGCUUGUGGAGAAGCUUAAGAAGAAGCAAGAGAGCUUUGUGCGGCUACAGACGGAAAAAGAAGCUCUCUAUAAUGACAGCAGGACUAAAAUUAAGGAGAUCCAACAACGGAAGGAGGAGGAGCUCAAAUCUCUGCAGGUUCGUAACCAGAAGCUGCAGCAGGAGCUCCAGACAACAAACCAGGGCUUCUUGGAAUUAAAGGACCAGUUGCAGAGUUGUCAAAAAGAGCAUGAAUUGGCCCUUCAGACUCUGCAGGACCAAGUUGCGUGCCAAAGUGCGGAGAGCCAGGAACAGGUUGAGACCAUUCUGUCUGAAAAUGAUGCUCUGAGAACCAACCUUGCAGCAUUAGAACAGAUCCAGACGUCUAAAACUCAGGAGAUGAAUCUGAUGCGAGAACAGGUGGCAGCAUUGGGAGAGGAGCUCCAGCAGCGUCAGAGUGAGAAGGAGGCAUUGGCUGCCCAGCGGGAUGAGCUCAACACGCAGCUGCAGGAGUCACUCCGGGGCAAUACUCGUCUUCUGGAGCAGGUACAAGAACUCGGACAGGAAAGGGAGAGAUUGUUACAAGAGCUUGAUGAAAUGCGGAAGACAGCGGAGAAACGCAAGGCCAUGCUGGAUGAGAUGGCCAUUGAGACCCAACAAGAAAAGGGGCGCCACAAGGAAGAGCUUGGUAACCUCCGUCUGCAGCAUGAGAAAGAGGUGCUGGCUGUGAGGGCACGCUAUGAGCGGGAGCUGCGGGAGCUGCACGAGCACAAGAAACGGCAAGAGGAUGAGCUGCGUGGCCAGCUCAAGGAGGAGAAGGCUCGCAGUCAGGAACUGGAAUCCAUGCAACAAACUGUGGAAGAGCUGCGGCUCCAGAUCCAGUCCAUGGAUGGCACCAAGGGCUGGUUCGAGCGGCGGCUUAAAGAGGCAGAGGAGUUGAUAGAGAAACACCAACAGGAACACAUGGAGGCCCUGAGAAUCUGUAAAGAGCAGCACGCAGCUGAAUUGCAGCUAAAAGACCAAGAGGUGGAAGCAACUAAGGAGAAGCUGCGAGAGAUUGAAAAAGCCAGGAAUGAGCACAUGGACGCAGUCAACCGGCUGAAACAGGAAGUGAAAGACACAGUAGAUGGGCAACGGAUCCUGGAGAAGAAAGGGAGUGCAGCAUUGAAGGACCUCAAAAGGCAGCUUCAUCUGGAAAGGAAGCGAGCGGAUAAACUCCAGGAGCGCCUGCAGGAGAUCUUGACCAACAGCAAGAGCAGGACAGGGAUCGAGGAUCUUGUCCUGGCAGAUAUCAGCUCACCCAGUCGGACUCAGACGGGAGACAGUAGCAGCAUCUCAUCCUUCAGCUAUCGUGAAAUCAUGAAAGAGGGAUCCGGGGCUGGCAGUAACAAGUCAACCACAGGAAGCCCACAGUCACAGUCGCAACCUUCACGGCCAGCCGAACUUUCAGAUGAGGAGAUCUCAGGACUGUUCCAGCGGCUGGCUGAAGUUCAGCAGGAGAAAUGGCUUUUGGAGGAGAAGGUGAAGCACCUUGAAGUUAGUAGUGCCUCCAUGGCUGAGGACCUGUGCCGGAAGAGUGCCAUUAUUGAGACCUAUGUGAUGGACAGCCGCAUUGAUGUGUCUGGGGCUCAUGGGCAGGUUGAUCGAAGUAGCCUAAGUAGUGUCCUACGAGAUCUGGUGAAGCCGGGAGACGAGAACCUACGGGAGAUGAACAAGAAGCUUCAGAACAUGCUGGAGGAGCAGCUCACCAAGAACAUGCACUUACAGAAGGAUUUGGAGGUCCUCUCCCAGGAGCUGGUCCGUCUUAGCAAAGAGUGUGCCCCAUCCCCUGAUGCCGAACCUGGCCUGGAUGAUGCUGUCUGAGCUCAGUCCCACCUGUGAUGCCGUCCUCCGUGCUCGGCCCUCGGCUGCACUGCUGGUGUGUGUGGGGCGGGGCGGGGUAGAGAUAUUGGAACUUUCUGCCUCCCCUCUCUCUGGUCGGACCAUUUCUUUUCAGCCGUAUUGAAGGGGGCAAGCCUUUAAUCCGGCUACUCUCUCCCUCUUAGUGGAGCACAAACAACGUUUCUCCCUUCAUCACUAUCCUACUCAGGCCUUCCCCCAAGCAGAUGGAUUUCUUUUGAAUCAUGCACCUACUGAUUAUGCUGCCUGCCUCUUCUUGGGCCUACAUUUGCUGCCCCACAGGAAACAUUGGCAGCAGUAGCUUGUCUGCAGUUGGCAUGUUUUUUAAGUUGCGUGGCCAAUUGCAGCUUUAUUCUUUUGGUGGCCAUUUCUGAAACCAGCCCCCGACCCUACCCCAACCAAGGUUGUCUCCCCUAGUCCAGAGGAGCUGCCACGUGGAGGAGGAGGUGUUCCUGCUAUAGUAAAGCUUCAUAAUCCAUUCUCAGCAUACAGCAGCCCUGGGAGUAAAGUUCAGUUUACUUAAAAGCCUCUCCCCCUGCAUUCUACCCUGCAAGCUGCAUUUGUGAUCCUGUAGCUUCUUCCUUCUGCCUGUAUGACCUCUGACUUUAUGACCACCUCCCUCAUUUUGCAUGCUUGGUCAGUUCUGAACUCCCUGUCGCAGCUGAACCCAGCUGUUGCGUGUAUGUAUGUGUGUUUUACACACACAUUCACAUGCUGAUCCCCUCCCUCUCAACAGCAGGAUGGAACCCAAGUGGUACAACCCGAAAGGACGAAGCCUUGCACUUGUACAGGGUGGUAGCUGCGCCCUUUUUUCAGUAAUAGGGUAAUAGAGGUAGAGCAAAGGCAACCAUGUUUAUUUAACACAUCAGUGACUUGUACAAGGCUGUAAUUGUUGAGUAACUGAUAAUGCAAACAAUGGUGGUUUUUUUUU